AUGUGGCGGGGUCGGGCUGGGGCGCUGCCGGCGGCUAUCGGGGCGCUGUGCCGGGCUCUGCCGCCGGGCAGCCGGCCCGCCCCGGAGACCUUCCGCCUCGCCAAGUUCGACCGGCCCGAGGCGAGUUUGCAGAUUUGGAGGCUGCUGUAUUCUCUUCUAAAGCAAAUCCAUGACGGAGGAUGGACUGAGCCUGAUACCAUAGGCACCCAAAUUAAGUUUGUAAAGUCAGUGUUAUGGUACCAUGGCUAUGGCAGGCCAGAAUUCUAUCAGCUCCCCUCCGAUGGCUCACAGGGUAGCAGAGAGUUGCUGCUGGCAUUUUCCUGGCUCCUAAACAGAAUCAGCCUGCUGGAGCGGCUACUGACUGUGAAUAGAGUGAAAAUCGGGGAUGAAGCCUCUGUGUGCACGUGUGAAGACAAUAUCUCUAACAACUGGAAGGACAGGACUGAAAUAGCACUCGAACCUUGUUUGAAAAGAGACGUGGAUGUCAGAUAUCUCCAGUGGUUAACUGGCAGGCUGCGGUUCCAGUGGCGGAGUUUGCACGUUGACCAUCAGGAGCAAUGUAAACUCUUGCAUAAGAUUCAUUCUUACACUAGUGGCUGUCAUAUGGACCAGACCAUCGGUCAUUUCUCCGUCACAGAAACCGAUCUCAUUAGACAACCAGAUAGCUACAAACAGAGCGGGACGUCGCCUGAGCAGUUGCUGAUGGAGGCAGCUCUCACUCCACUGUCCUCGGCACGUCGCGCAGGCACCGGGCACAAGCGCCUCCGGCACCGCACCGCACGCCCUCAGACAGACACCAUCCACAAGGUCUCUUGGCACCAGCUUCUGGUCGGCACCCGCUCGCUGUUCCGCGAAGCAAGAAGCGUCCAGAUCCAGGUCCCGCAGACGUUCCCGCUGUCCGUCAUUGCUCCGAUCCCGCAGACCGCUCGCAGUCCCGGUACCGUUCCCAUCACGGACCCCUCUCACGAGCACUCCCUCAACAGGAAGUCCCAAUAUCCUAGCGUUGGGACAAUAGAGGAGGUUCCAGAGCACUUAAGAGGCAGAGGGUUCUAUUCCAGAUACUUCCUAAUUCCCAAGGCGAAAGGCAGCGUCCGACCCAUACUGGACCUGCGAGCUCUGAACAGUACAUCAAGAAACUGCAAGUUCCGCAUGGUGUCCUGGGAAAAUCAUUCCUUCCCUCGAUCCGGAGAUUG